UUUUUCAUGAUUGCUGAAAUAGAAAAACUGAGUGAAAAUGGUAAUGACCCAAAAAAAAAUCAAUAUGAACACCUCUGUCAGGGUUUAAAUUCCAAGCUUCUUCGUGCAUGUCGUCCUAAUAUGAUCAUCGAUCCAAUUCUUUGACUGCCCAUGACGAAUACGGAAAGAAGUCAAGCCCUCCGCUGGCGCCUCGGUUGGCUACCUGGUUGGUAUACCUCGUCCAUGUCCCCUACCAUUACCCUUCUCAAAACGUUUAGUCGUACUCAUUCCAUUGAGUGUCUAUCUACAUAUGCACCAUCGACUCCAAAUGCCAAGAACGGUCACAGAGACCCACUCUCCUUCCUGCUGAACCAACCAACCAACUAAAAAGCUAAAACGCUCACAGGAUGUGACUCCCUAGACAAUCCGUUGGUCAUCUAUUUGUA